AUGGCUAAAUCUCUACGUGCAAAGAGCAGUCUACGAGCUAAAUCUGCCAAGCGUCAGAAUGAAUUUCAAAAGGCCUAUGAUGCCAGAGAGGCAAGAUUAUCAGAAAAACGUCAGCAGGAACUGGUGAAUCAAAAGAUGGAAGAAUUAAAAAAGAAGGAAAAUGAAGGGAAAAUGGACGAAGAAACCACUGAAAAACCACUUAAAAUAAGUACGAGUGGCUGGCGUGAUGCUAACCAUAUAAACUGGCGUAGAGCUCAUAAGAAGAAGCGUAGUAAGACAAGCUUUUGA